UCCUCGUUUUCGUUUCUCUCAACCCCACCAUACACACCACCCACCGACAACGGGCACAGUACGUUUGAGUACAGUCCCUACCUCCUCCUACCUCUCCCCGCACCUUUUUUUAACUGCUCCUUCCCUCUCCCUUUUUUUCUUCCUCUCUCCCUCUUUUUCUCCUUCUCUCCUUCAUCCUCACUCCCUUCCCCUCUCUCAACACUCAAUCCCUCUCUAUCCUGUUCUUCUCCCCAUUUUCUCGUCAUAUACGGUCUAUACGGCGGGGCCUUUUCACGAAUCUCUCUAUACACCCUCACCCCUUCGUACCGCAAACCACAGUGAAGAUGGUCAAGUCGUCGGUUCUCGGUUUCCCCCGUAUGGGUGUGAACCGUGACCUCAAGAAGGCCACUGAGGCCUACUGGGGCGGCAAGAUCUCGCGGGAUGAUCUGAUUGCCGAGGGCAAGAGGCUGCGCCUCGCCCACUGGAAGAUCCAGAAGGAUGCCGGCGUCGAUGUCAUCCCCAGCAACGACUUUGCUUUCUACGAUCAGGUCCUUGACCAUAUCCAGCUCUUCAAUGCUGUUCCUACCCGCUACUCCGACGCCAAGCUCGACCCCCUCGAUGAGUACUUUGCCAUGGGCCGUGGCCACCAGAAGGGUGGCAUUGACGUUUCUUCCCUCGAAAUGGUCAAGUGGUUUGACUCGAACUACCACUACGUCAAGCCCACCUUCCAGGAUGGCCAGACCUUCAAGCUCUCGGCCAACCCCAAGCCCGUUGCCCAAUUCAACGAGGCCAAGGAAGCUGGCAUCAUCACCCGCCCCGUCCUCCUGGGCCCCGUCUCUUUCCUCCACCUCGGCAAGCCCGACCGUGACCAGUCCGUUGACCCCAUCACCCUCCUUGACCAGCUCCUGCCCGUCUACGUCGAGCUUCUCCAGCAGCUCAAGGCUGCCGGUGCCGAGACUGUUCAGAUUGACGAGCCCGUGCUCGUCUUCGACCUUCCCCAGAAGACCAAGGAUGCCUUCAAGCCCGCUUAUGAGAAGCUUGGCGCCGCUGGCCUCCCUAACCUGCUCCUGACCACCUACUUCGGUGAUAUCGUCCACAACUUCGACGCUCUUGCCGCCACCAGCCACCUGUGGGGUCUCCAUGUCGACCUUGUCCGCAACCCUGAACAGCUCGGCCCCGUUCUUGAUAAGCUCGGUCCCAGCCAGGUCCUGUCCGCCGGUGUCGUCGACGGCCGUAACAUCUGGAAGACCGACUUCAGCAAGGCCAUCAAGGUCGUCAAGGAGGCCAUUGCCAAGCUUGGCGAGGACCGCGUCAUCGUUGCUACCUCCAGCUCCCUCCUCCACACCCCUCACACCCUUGCCUCCGAGAAGAAGUUGCCCGAGGAAGUCUACCCCUGGUUCUCCUUUGCUUCCGAGAAGGCCGUUGAAGUUGCCAUCAUUGCCAAGGCUGUCACCGACGCCGCUGCCGUCCAGGCUCAGCUCGAUGCCAAUGCCAAGGACAUCCACGCCCGGGCUACCUCGGCCCUGACCAACGACCCCAAUGUCAAGAAGCGCCAGUCGGAGGUUACUCCGGAGAUGUACAACCGGAAGUCUCCCUUCCCUCAGCGCAUUGCUGCCCAGCGUUCCCACCUGAAGCUGCCCCUCUUCCCCACCACCACCAUCGGCUCCUUCCCCCAGACCAAGGAAAUCCGUGUCCAGCGUAACAAGUUCACCAAGGGCGAGAUCACCGCCGAGGAGUACGAGAAAUUCAUCGAGAAGGAGAUUGAUGAAGUGAUUCAGGUCCAGCAGGAGCUCGACCUUGACGUCCUUGUCCACGGCGAGCCUGAGCGCAAUGACAUGGUUCAGUACUUCGGUGAGCGCAUGGACGGCUACGUCUUCACCACCCACGCUUGGGUCCAGUCGUACGGCUCGCGCUGCGUCCGUCCCCCCAUCAUUGUCGGCGACAUCUCGCGCCGCAACAACGAGCCCAUGACCGUCAAGGAGUCCAAGUACGCCGCGGCUCACUCCAAGAAGCCCAUGAAGGGCAUGCUCACUGGUCCCAUUACCUGCCUCCGGUGGUCGUUCCCCCGUGACGACGUGCACCAGUCGGUGCAGGCCCAGCAGCUCGCCCUUGCCCUCCGCGACGAGGUCGUCGACCUCGAGGCCGCCGGCAUCUACGUCAUCCAGGUCGACGAGCCCGCCCUGCGUGAGGGUCUCCCCCUGCGCUCGGGCAAGGAGCGCGAGGCCUACCUGGACUGGGCCGUCGAGUCGUUCAAGCUGUCGGUCUCGGGCAUUGCCGACUCUACUCAGAUCCACUCGCAUUUCUGCUACUCCGAGUUCCAGGACUUCUUCCACGCCAUCGCUGCGCUGGACGCCGACGUGCUCUCCAUCGAGAACAGCAAAUCGGAUGCCAAGCUUCUGCGUGUGUUUGAGCGCGAGGAGUACCCCCGCCACAUUGGCCCCGGUGUCUACGACAUCCACUCUCCGCGUGUCCCCUCGGAGGAGGAGAUCAAGGAGCGCAUCGAGGAGAUGCUGAACAACGGUCUGCGGCCCGAGCAGCUCUGGAUCAACCCCGACUGCGGUCUCAAGACAAGGCAGUGGCCGGAGACCAAGGCCGCGUUGAUCAACAUGGUCAACGCCGCCAAGUACUUCCGCGCCAAGUACGCUGACAAGGCCUAAAUAAUUGAGAGAAGACAAAGAUGGGGGGGAAGAGACAGAGAGAGGGUCUAAUGUGCCUCUCCUGACGUGGGGCUUUUUUUUUUUUGGGCCGCCCCCGCGUAAGACAUGAAUGGUCUUUUCAACAGACAUGAAGUGGAGAUACCCGAGAUGUUGGAAAAGUAAAGGGAUGCGGUAAAGGCGGGGCAAGGGAAAUGCAACGGAAUGAAACCGAACUAGGCGCAUUCAACAUAGGCGUUC